AUGUCCACCUAUGACAGAUCCUGCAUCGUCCCAAUCGAGCAAAGUGCCCUGAGAGCCAAGGCGAGUAAAUUAAUGCACAUUUCCAGUGAUUCUAUUCGUAGAUAUACGCAGUGCCAAUCUAGCGAAAAUUUCAGAAUUGACCGAAAGUUCCAGGCGGAGCCGUGA